GUUGUCCAGGAGUAUGAGCGAGCAGUUAUAUUCCGUCUUGGUCGACUGAUCUCAGGUGGGACAAAAGGUCCAGGUUUGUUCUUCAUCUUACCCUGCAUCGAUGUGUACAUUAAAGUGGAUUUAAGGACAAUCACGUUUGAUGUCCCGCCCCAAGAGGUAUUGACCAAAGACUCUGUGACAGUCCUAGUAGAUGCCGUGGUGUACUACCGUGUCAGCGAUGCCGCCUUGUCUAUCACCAGAGUCGAGGACUGGAAUAAAUCUACCCGACUUCUGGCAGCCACCACCCUGAGGAAUGUCCUCGGUACCAAGAACCUCAGCGAGAUCCUGUCUGACAGGGAGAACAUUAGCCACCGUAUGCAGACAUCACUGGACGAAGCUACUGAUCCUUGGGGAGUGCAGGUUGAACGUGUUGAAGUGAAAGAUGUCCGCCUGCCUGUCCUGAUGCAGAGAGCUAUGGCUGCAGAAGCUGAAGCUGCCAGGGAAGCACGCGCUAAGGUGAUUGCCGCUGAAGGAGAGCAUAAAGCUUCAAGGGCACUGAAAGAAGCUGCAGACAUCAUCACCCAGUCGCCAGCUGCCCUUCAGCUUCGAUACUUGCAGACCCUGAUCACCAUCUCGGCUGAGAAAAACUCCACCAUCAUCUUUCCCUUGCCUAUCGACCUGUUGACCGGCUUUUCGAAGUAG